AUAGGUUGGGCUGAGGGUGUGUGUGGUACAUCAGUAGAGGGAGAGAAAGUGAGACCAGGGGAAGACCACAGCAGUUGUGAAGUGUUGAUCAGUCACAGGGGAAGCUGCUGCGCUGUGCCGCUCUGGAUCCAGCUGAUUAUUUUUCACUCUCACAUGGUUUCCCCUAUGCUUAUCUUCCCCGUUUCGCUUUAGUGAACAUUUGUUUUUGCUUCUCGUUACAGCAGAGCAACAGGAUUGUUUUUGGUGCAGAAUAAAACAACGGCAGAUGUGUAAGGAGGAGCUGAAUCUUUCCUGGAUAGCCUGAAAGAUGAAAAUGGGAAGAAAAAACACAUCUUAGGUAUUUUUGUUCUUCCUGAAUGAGGAUGGUUCAAAGCCACUCCUGCUGAGAUUUUGAGGUUUUUAUUACAACAAAGAGGAAAAUACCUAACCCUAAAUAGAAAGUAGAAGAAGUAAAUAUGAACUCCACAGCUCAGCAAGGGUUGAUCCCAGGCUGCCUGAAUAGGAGCCUCUGUUCACGAGCUCUGCCAGACAAAGACCUCUCUGGAGAGGACAACGAUUCCUCUGCUGGAUGCUACGAGCAGCUGCUGAUUUCCACAGAGGUGUUUCUCACUCUGGGGAUCAUCAGCCUGCUGGAGAACAUCCUGGUUGUUGCUGCCAUUAUCAAAAACAAGAAUCUUCACUCCCCGAUGUACUUCUUCAUCUGCAGCCUUGCAGUUGCCGACAUGCUCGUCAGUGUCUCCAACGCCUCAGAGACUAUUGUCAUAGCGCUAAUCAACGGAGGCAGCCUGACCAUCCCUGUCACACUGAUCAAAAGCAUGGACAAUGUGUUUGACUCCAUGAUCUGCAGCUCUCUGCUGGCUUCUAUCUGCAGUUUGCUCGCGAUUGCCGUGGACCGCUACAUCACCAUCUUCUACGCUCUGCGAUACCACAACAUCGUCACCAUACGCCGAGCGAUGCUGGUCAUUGGCAGCAUCUGGACCUGCUGCACUAUUUCCGGCAUCCUGUUCAUUAUCUACUCCGAGAGCACCACGGUGCUCAUCUGCCUCAUCACCAUGUUCUUCACCAUGCUGGUCCUCAUGGCUUCGCUCUAUGUUCACAUGUUUCUGCUGGCACGCCUGCACAUGAAGCGCAUUGCAGCCCUGCCGGGCAACGCGCCCAUCCAGCAGCGGGCCAACAUGAAAGGUGCCAUCACCCUCACCAUCCUGCUCGGGGUGUUUGUGGUGUGCUGGGCACCCUUCUUCCUGCACCUCAUCCUCAUGAUCACCUGUCCCAGGAACCCCUACUGCACCUGCUUUAUGUCCCAUUUCAACAUGUACCUCAUCCUCAUCAUGUGCAACUCUGUCAUCGACCCCAUCAUCUACGCUUUCCGCAGCCAAGAAAUGAGGAAGACCUUCAAGGAGAUUUUCUGCUGCUCUCAGGCUCUCUUGUGUCUUAGCUUUCUGUGACAAGCUCACAGAGAGCAGCAGAAUGCCCUUCAGGCAUUUCAGCUGUAAUCACUGUGCAUUGCUGUGCUCCAGGUCUGCUUUAAUGAUUGAUAAAGUCGACACUCAUGACUGAGUUUGAUUAGGAAGUAGACUUGCCGGCACCUUGUAAUAUAGAGUAUCUGUGGAUAAAUGCUGCUUUUAUCUGUCUGCAAUGUUGUGAAUCUAAAAGGAUUAAGAGACUGAAAUGUCAGCCUUGUAGGUGCACAGAUGGAAAUUGCUACAGUAUCUUGAUUAUUUAAAGCACGUUGGACAGCUAAGAAUGCGAUGACUGACGAAUCUUGAGAGAAUAAUCUUUAAAACUGACACCAUAGUACGUGGUCCCUUUGAUUUCUUUAAAAUGGAAGCAUUGUGAUGAGACUUUAAAGCAUCAUAGCAUCGCCUUAUAAGGAAAUAAAAACAAUGCAUUUAAGGCAAUUUUAACUUUGGGCUAUAAAAUAAGCAUACAGUUGGCCUUUACUGUAAUCAUAACAUUAUCUUAUAGGGCGAUAAGUCAUUCAUAAUAUGGCCUUAAUAAGGCAAUAAUGAUAUUAAACUGGUUUAUAAUUACAAGGUGGUCAUAACUUAGCCUUAAAGGGCAAUUAGGAAAUCACAACAUUGCCUUAUAAGGAGAUCAUAACGCUGCCUUUUAAGGCACCCUGGUGUUGCCUUAUAAGAUCAUCAUAACAUUGCCUUAAUUGGGAACGAGAUCAUAACAUUAACUUGUAAGGUGAUGAUAAUGUUGUGAUUUAAGUCAUCAAAACAUUACUAUUUAUGGUCAUAAUAUGGCCUGAUUAGGCAACAAUAACAAUACCGUAUAAGGCAAUCAUAAGACUAAACAAAAUUGAGGGAUUUUAAUUAUGUUUACCAACUAAGGACUUUGACUUUAGGAAAGUGGAAUUGUACAUGUUGACGUCUAAAGGCUUUCCAGGUGUUUCUCAAUGAGUUUAAACCAAAAGUGAGUUCUUGUAAAACAAACAAUACCCUCUAAAUAUUAGAAAUCCUUAGACUUUUUAUGGCUAUUAAAGGUUUGCCAGUUCUUUUCUAUAAUUAGCCUGAAAAUCUUCGUUAAACUUUUAAUUUGUUAAGCCUACAGGUCCGAUUCAAAUUUAAACAAAGACAUUGAAUGUCUGGGCUGGUUAGCCCAUGUCAUCCACCCCAACCACGUUUAGACAUCCUUAGAUGUCUGAAGGUGGACUUUAUAUUAUUAUUUAUUUAUUGUUUAAUACAGACUACAAAAUGUGUUUUAUUAUUGGUAGUUGACGUCAUUUAAUAGCUGGUAAAUUAAAUGUGAAAUCCAAGAGUAUUUUCAGUCAGGUUUUGGCUAGACGUUUUACAUCAAUAUGAUUCUUCAUUUUUGUGCUCAUUUUUACAAUGAAGCUGAUUUCCUUUCAGGCCGUUUUCGUCAAAGGUGAAAUUGAGACUGAAACAUGGCUCAUUCAGAUCAGAUUGCAGUUGAUUUAAAGGAGCUAUGAGCCAUGAGCUAAGAGUUUUUCUUUAAGCACAACUUCAUCCAACAGAACUUUUGCUGGUUUAAAAAAUAGACAAUCUUUCAGCAGCAUUUACAUGUAUGUAUAUUUUUAAGAAAAAAGUAAAAAGGGGCAAAAUGAAAAAAUAUAACAUCCUACAGCAGCCUCUGGGUUUUCUAACUAAUUCUGGCCAGAUGGAUAUUUGAUGUUAAUUUUAACAACAUAAACCCUUUUGUAAAAUGUACUUAAAAUAGUUCUGUUCAGGAAUAAAUUAGGACACCCCCACAUUUUUUACCACUUAAAAUGGCUACAAGGAUGAGAAUAUCCUUGCUGAGCAUUUUGAAGGAGGUUUACCCUGUUUAAACCUAAGACAUUUAGUUUGUUGCUCCUGACUGUUGAAGUAAAGGUGAAGCUCAUGUUGAGAUCCAAAGAGCCUGAGGCCUUUAGAAGAUUGUAGCAGCUUGGAAUCAGCUAUUGCACUCCCCAAUAAACAAUCUACAAAUGAAGGACAUUGAAAAUGACUGCAAGCAUGUCCAGGUCUGGCUGUCGAGGCAUGUUCACCAUGAAAGCAGACCGCAAGAUACUAAAAGAAGUCUUCAAAGACCCUAAAUUGUCACUUCAGGACCUAAAGGAAACUCUUUCUACUUUUGAUAUGAAGGGCAUGCCUGUACAAUCAGAAAGAUGCUGAACACAUUUAAACUUCAUGGGAGGUGUGCAAGGAAGCAAAACAUGAAGACUAGACUAAAGUUUGCCAGAGAGAAGGUAGACAAAGACCUUCUGGAACACCAAUGAGUCUAAACUUUCAUUAUUUGAAAGAGCACAGAGAAUUUUUGACAUAGAACUGGACCCAGCAAGAUGACAAUGACUCAAGCAAAUCUACCAAGGACUGGCUGAGAAUUAAGACAAGGAAAGUCCUGGACCUAGUCAAAGGCCAGAUCUUGAUCUAAUUGAGAUGCUGUGUGGUGACUUGAAACCAACUAAAUGUGCAAGAAACGCCUCACCACCAGGGUAUAAGACUAGCAAUAAGUGGGUAGGGUGUCCUAACUUUUUCCUCAGCUAAAAAACAUAGUUUUGUUGACAUAUUUAGUUUAAUGAGUUAAACUAGCUUAGUUUUUUUAAGUGCAAUAAAAUGUUUCUUUCAAACUGAAUAUUGAAUGGGGUUUCCUAGGUUUUUCAUGGCUGAAGCCGUGUAACAGUGUGACCACACAGUGCACACACAGCAGACAAUCAGGUUCUGGUUUCAAGGAACAUAUUGGUGAGUCUUCUCAGCAAAAAACAGCAAAACUUUAUUGUAAAACUAUUUUCCUUUUUAAAAGCCUUUCAGUACCAAAUAAUGUAGGCAAAAUGGGCUCAGUUCAAAUGCUCAGGAAAAAUAGAACAGCCUUUUUAAGUUAAAAGUUUUCACACAGCACAAUACUGAGCAAAGAAAUGAUGAAAUGUUUGAUGGCACCAUUCACAGGUUCACACAGGGUAGAAAAAAGAUCUGCACUUUCCCACUGCAGUCGCUGCAUCAGAAUGAUUUUUCAAACAUUUUUUCUCAGGUAUUUUCUGAUUUAAGUCACAUAUUUUUGCUUUAUUUACGUUUCCAUCAGUUUUAGCUUUGAUUUGAAUCCACUCUCUCUGAAGCAGUGUUGCAAAUAUAGUCUUGUUAUGAGCACACAAUUGUGAUUAAAAGUUAAAGCAGACCCUCCGCUGAGGUUGUGAAAAUCCAGCUCCAACAUCUGCUUGUUUAUCAUCAAAGCUUUUGUGCGUUUGUGUAGGUAUUUGUGUAAAUUUGCACAUAUGGGUUGUUCAAACUGGCACUUUAAGCAUGCGAUUAUAAAUAAAUCUAUUUUUCAUUAUAUUUGUGUAAAAGGGCAAAGUAUAAUGAAUGUAUGUUUUCUCUAUGUGUAAUAUGUUGCUUUUUUAGAUAUUUGCCUUAAUUGUGUUGCACUGUGAUGUAAAAAGAAACUGUAUUCUGUUUGAAUGUGUAUCACAAAAAUAAAUUAUGUAUAGGUAUGAUACUGUAUGUGAAGUGUUGCCUUUAAAUGUAGGCCUCUGUAAACUUAAAUUGCAUUCCUAAGCUACCAAAAUGCACAAGAGAACAGAUGUAAACAGGGUGUCUUGUUAUCAGUUUACAGCUUGGCCUCAUAUGAUUCAUGCAACUGACAACGUGUUUUGUAUUUCUUUUUUCCCAUCAGUUCAUACUGUGAAUCACUGCUGCUGUGACUUGAAUAAAUCAAAAUGCUGCCUGA